AUGGUUAUAUUCAUCUCAAUCAAAGUUCAUUUCCAAGGUGUGUUCAUCAACAAACUUUUUUGCUAUUCUGAUGGUGUUCAUCAUGUAUUCGACAACAUCGAUUUUGUUGAAGGCUUAACCUUGAUUUCUAAUGAACUUCAAUAUCAAGAAUUUAUAGACAUUGCUUAUCGAUGUGGAGUACAAGUUCCUGUUUACAUGGACCAUUUUGGAACUACUGUGCACCUAACUAAGGCAAAUGAAAAUGAAAAUGAGGUUAAUUGUUUUGUGAAGUCAAACAUGUCAAUCGAAAGGGAAGAAAGUAUUGACCUAAUUGACUUCAUGAGUCCACAACAGAGCAACAUGGAAGGAGUAACCUAUGAAGGAGUUAGUCAGGCAAAUGGAAAUGAAGAUGCCACAGAAGGUGAUCCAAAUUGUGAUGAAGAUGAGAAUAUCCCAGAUGUGAAAGGAAAACAAAUGUUUAAUGAAGACAUCUUGGAAGAAGCAGUUUCCAAUUCUAGAGAUGAUAACAAUCAUAUAUUCCCAAUAGCUUGGGCUGCCGUUUGUGUUGAAAAUAAAGACAACUGGAAAUGGUUCUUAGAAAACUUGCAAGAAGAUCUGCAUCUUGAAGGUGGGUUUGGUAAGACAUUGAUGUCAGAUCAACAUAAGGGAUAA